UCAUUCAACGUCGUUGUAACCAGAUUAGAUAUCUGCCACGGGCCCAAACGAAACGACUGUACUGAAAUACAUGCGACGAUCAAAAACAAUGUCUCGCUUGAUUUCGACGUGGUUGUCACUGAAAACAUGUCACCAAAUAAGGCCAAAGUAUUUGCGAUAUCCAAUGGUAACGAGAUGAUGAGGUUACAACUAAGCAAACCUUGCGAGAACUUAUUCGUGAAUCCUAUUUUGACCAAUCUGGUCAACCUUACAAAAAACUGUAUCGUUAAGAAGGGACACUACAAGUUUUCAUUAAAUUACGAAGAGAUUCUUCGAGCAUAUUAUGGCGGAUUGCAUUUGUAUGGUUUAUAUACAUUUAAAUCUAUUCUCUAUGGAGACCAAUGUAAUUUUUCUUGUACUAUUAUUGAAGUUCAGAUUUCACGCACAUAAAUGUUAAAAUAAUAUUUUUGACCGUAAUGAACCCACACUG